AUGUCCGGUCGCAGAAUCACGGUGCAGCACAGCCUGUCCGGUCGCGAAAUCAGAAGUUUCGAGCUGGAAGAGGAUGACAGUAGAACCGUUAUGGAGUUGAAGCAGGAACUGAGAGGCUCUGUCGAGAUCCAGUGUCCACCUCGCCUUCAGACCUUGGUUUGCGGCGAACAUGUACUGAAAGAUGCACAGAAGCUAGCAGAUUUGCUUACGGAGGGCAAAGACAUGAAUUUGAAGUGGCAUCAGCAGGAACCGGAACCAGGUGAAUUGUGUUCUGCUGUGCGUCGCAAGGACUACUCCGAGGUGGAGGCAUUGUUGCAGCUUUCAAGUGAUCCAAAUGGACCAUGCGAACUUGCGAGCGAUAACCGAUCUCCGCCUCUGCACCUGGCAUGCCUCUCAGGAACAUUGCCGAUCGUUGAACUCUUGCUGAAAUGGCGCGCAGACGUGAAUGCGAAGACUUCGCAGCAGCGUUUGGUUGGGCCAUGCACAGCUUUGGAGUGGCUGUGCUCGUGGAGCAGAAGGGAGGAGAUGCCAUCGUUUGUAGUGACCUUGCUCGCCUCUCGUGCCCACCCAGGGCAUCACUGGAAGGAAUGCCUCAUGUUCUUGGAGCAGACCAAGCGUUCGGAUGAAUACCUUGAACGGCAGCUCUGCCUUGGCCUCGCAAUAGGAGCAGGUCACACGGAAAAAGUCCAAGGCUUGCUGAAGUCCCGUGCCGACAUGCGUGCAGUCGGCGAGUGGAUACUUGCGAGUGAUGUUCGAGUCAAGACGCUCCUCCACGCCAUGAACAUGACUUUGCACCCGACUUGGGCCACUUGGGCUGAGGAUGCAGGGGGUGAUGCUCAAGUGAUGAGAGGUUUGCAGGAUCUCCGAGAAGUUGUUGUUCACAUGCUGGAGAAAUGCACGGCUAAAGAUCUUGUAACAGCACUACGACGUCAAGUACGGCAAAAAAAAUGGAUCUCUGCCCUGCAGUUAUGUCAGGCCAUGAACCGACGGGCUGAGAGGAUUACGCCGAAUGUGAUGUCACUUGCGCUUAGGGUUGCAGCUGGAUCUGGUCAACAAGAUGUAGUUCAAGCCUUGUGGGAAUCCAACGUGGAGCCACGGCAAGAUUCUGUGCAGGAGGCAAUUUCCGCAGCGCAGCAAGGGAAACAUCGCGAUGUGGAGGAACUACUUAUGAGGACCUUUGGGCGGCGGAUGAGCCUCUGA